AUGGGCCAACCCAACGCCAAGCCCGUGGGCGAGCGCCGCGCCACCACCGAGUCGCUGGCGUUGCUUGUCGCUGCGUACUCAGCCUUAGUGUACCACGCCACGUUCACGUGGUUGUUCCCACUGGUAGACGCUCUUUUCGGCGACGUUUUUGUCUUCAGUUCGCUCUGCCGCGGCUUGUCGACGGUCGUUCAGGCCGCCCACCUCGGUGUCCACCUCCCGUACGUCGCCUUCGUCCUCUUCGACAAGGACGAAAUCUUCUACCGCACUCCGACGCACAACGUCUGGGAUUUUGACCGUGAAGAGACGAGCACGCAUCUCCUUCGGCUGCCGUGGCUCGCACUGUGGAUCACGCUUUUCUUGUAUUACUUCGUCGAAUUUUUCGUCGCUCCGACGAAUGCGAGUACGACAGCAACGACAGCAACCGUGUCCAAGCCGUUGACGCCCGUGAAGCUGGUGCCGCAUCCGAUACCCGAAGCCAAAAUGCAAGACGACAAGCUUGUAGGGAAUAUCAUCCACGCUAAGAACGGCGUCUUGAAGGGUAUCGAGAAGGGGAAGCUCAAACCCAAAGCCGACCGAACCGCGUCGUCACUUGGGGCCGCGCCGUCGACGGCUGAGCAACCGGUGCCGACACCAAAGACGAAGGGGCCCAAGAAAUCGCUGCGGAAGCGCGUGCUCUCGUGGCUUAAGUCUUCCGAACGGUCGCAACGACGAGAUGGCGACGACAAAGCGACUGCGAUCAUUGCCACUUGA